AUGAAUUGCACUUAUCAUAUCAAAAGUCCAAUAUCUUUGAUAUGUAUAGCUCCUCACAAGUGCUAAAGAAAACUUUGUGUAGAAUGCCAAUAUGAACAUGGAGUGGAUCUCAAAAAAACAGUUCCCAUUAAUAAAUUUCAAGAUAUGGCAAUGAAGAAAUUGAAAGACUCCAAGCUUGAUGAUACAUCUGAGUUAACCAAACAGAGAGUGGCCUUUAAAGCCUUGCUCACUCAAACAGAAUAAAUGAUGAAGAAAAUUUGGGAGGACUUGUCACAAUCAAUCAAAUAAGUUUACGAUUGGAUUGAAAAGGAAAACUAAUCAUACUUAAACCUCCUCAAUGAAAACACUAAUCUAGCUGAAUCCUCUUACACAGACUUAGAAAAAUUAGUCAACAUUGUAGAAGGAUCAAUUUUAAAUGAUUGGAAUGUUUCAAAGGAUUCUUAUAUGAAGGAGUUAGAUAAGACCAAGAGCUGGUGGGACCAACAUAUAAAGGCUUUUAUUGAGAAGUCUAACGAAGGAAUCCAAUAGAUCCAAUAAUUACUUAAGUAAGUAUUAUAUAUACUAUCUCUAGGGAGGAUGAAGAAGAAGUUUAUUAAAUGAAAGAAGAUCUUUAUGAGAUGCUAACCUACAUCCAGGAUAUAGAUGAAUCUCUCUAUUAGAAGAUUCUUGAUAUA